CCCACGCUGAUCUAGGUACGAUUGUCGUCUCAUACAUUUCCAAAAACCAUGUCUUCAGCUCCCACGCUCGGUCUGAAAACCCCUCUCCCACCUCGCCGAAGGCGAGCACCGCGCAAGCUCAACUACAACAGCUGCGCUUCUUGCAGAAGUGCCAGCGCCAAGUGCUUACAAGGCACUUUACCGUGGCCCGGAGAAAAGUGUAGACGAUGUACUGAGAAGAACCUGAUUUGUUCUGCGCCGGUGCGAAAAUCGGAGGAGGAUGAAGUAAUCCGAGAUGCGAUUGCGCUAGCCGGUGUGACAUAUAUCCUUGAGAUAGUUGUGAAGGAGCUUGAGAGAUUAGGAGACGAGUACUCCGAGCUCUCCUCGAUCACUAAAGCACAGACCAAAGCUCGUUUCGAACUGUGCUCUAAAAACUACAUGUUGAUUAAGGAAGACAUUGAGCAAAAAAUCACUGACCUGCCAUCUACGGUCGAAGAUAUCGUUCACACCACCCGAGAUUCGUGUUAUCUUGAAACGCUUGAUGGAGACGGAAGUUUCGGACAAGGCGAACACUUGUAUGGGAUCGUUAUGGUAUGUAUGAUCGAUUGCAAGACAGCGUUCUGUCCGAGCGCAGUAGCACCGCUUAUGCAGGAUCGAAAGGGAUUUCUGCAGCGUUGUGUCAAUAUCUCUGGCAAGUACAAGUUUGGGUCAAGUCAGACGCACAGCAUUCUCCGGACUUCGCUCUUCCUGCCGAGUGAACUGUUACAGAUUCCAGCUGUCUGGAACAGGGUUCGUCACGACACUAGAACAGACUGUCUGGGUCGCUCGGUCUGGUGCAUGGCCCACGACGCUGGAGUGCGCAUGCCCUGGCCGGUAGAACAUCUUGGGGACGUAGACCUACUGGGCCGCUCUGCCUGGUAUCUAGCAUGCGCUCGACAGGAUACCACGUUACUCGAUCAGCUUCUGGCGCACUUACCUGUAGCCCGACACAUCCCCGGAUCCAAUUACCCUCCGAAAGAUGUCAUCCGCGCCGCAGCUUCUUAUGGCUACACUGCCGUAUUCCAGAGUCUGUACGAAGAAGACUCGGAAAGGUUUUGCGCAAGAAUCGGCGCCGUGGUUGAUGAGAGAGGCCUCAACAGCCUCCACAUUGCAGUGAAAAAGGGACACCGCAGCACGGUUGAGUUCUUGUGUCAGCACCUUCCCUCGCACUUUGUCAACCGCCGGGGCUGCAAGGAGCAACGAACAGCUCUCCAUUAUGCUGCCAUGUACGGCCACGAAGAAGUCGUGCCAAGUCUCAUAGACGCCAUCAGCAAAGACCGCACCAGCGACCCCCGCGACUCCGACUAUCGCUCUGCCUUCUGGUGGGCUGCCUGGGCCGGUAGCGUGGAGGUGCUGAAACUGCUUCAGCAGCACUGGUCGCGGCUGACCACCGCCGGCAUCAAUGAUCGCGAUGUGCAGGGACAUACCCCGCUAACUACUUCCAUCAUUAACAAUAACGGCAGUCUUGAUGUGGCGAGAUAUCUGCUCAGUCUCAAUUCUCCGACGAAGCUCAGGAUCGACAUCAACCGGCAGAACGACAUGGCCUCGCAAACGCCUCUCGAUAUAGCAUACGAGACGCUGAAUUCCGGGGACUGUGAUGAAGAUACAAUGACGGCGUUCAUCAAGACUCUGGUGGCGCAAGGUGCGUUGACAUAUCAGGAAAUAGAAGAGCGAGAGAUGUGGGACGAAGAAGUACUGUCGGGUUCAGAGUGCAGUUCCGAGGUGGACGACGAUGAGAUGAGACAUGAGCAAAUGGACGACGAGAUGGGGGACUUGAUGGAUGUCGUGUUCGACUUUGAUCUCUUCUUUGCUCAGAAUCCCUUCGACCACUCUCCCAAUGCUGUUGUUGAGACAGAAGAUGACAUAGCCGAUGUACCAGGGCCGUCCACAGUGACUUCAAUGACGGCGGACAGCCAUACGUCACAACUGCCAGAUCACCGCUCUUGAUCAACCUACAUCACGAACAAUUUUCAAUCAGUGGAAAGCCGGAGGAAGCAAGCAACGAGAGUUAUUCCCACCCAGCCAGAGCCGUGAGUUCAACUAGAUGCCUCCUCGCCGGACGAUGAGCACACUUGGCUGCCGUCUCCGGACCCCAGGCUGCAUCCGACACGUCCGCCUAGCAGCCUG